ACAAACUGGCGAAGUGCGAAGGGUCCAGUCCAGAGUGCAAGUAAUCAAACGUUACGGCACGACGAGGCAAGCUCUAAAGCUCAGAGUAAUAGAUCUCUAGAUAUAUUAUUAGUCCAUACUCAUUAUAUAUAAUGGCUGCGAAACAGCUUCCUUCUACACUUCGUCAGCUCCUUGUGAAAAAACUUGGAACGAAUUUCAGAGAGGUCACAGAAAUUGCUGCAAAGCCAAUACCACAACUUGGUGCGAAGGAUAUACUUAUCAAGAACAGAUAUGUUGGUAUAAAUGCUUCAGACAUCAACUUCACAGCAGGUCGUUAUGAUCCUACCCUUAGACCACCUUUCCCUGCUGGAUUUGAGGGACUGGGAGAAGUGGCAGCUGUUGGAGAAAGUUCAAAGAUCAAGCCUGGCCAGUUUGUGGCAUACUCGCACUUUGGUGCUUUCGCUGAUUAUAUAGUGGUGCCAGAGAAGGUUGCCAUCCCGGUGCCUGCAUGCGACCCUGGUUUAAUCUCUAUUAUGGUCAGUGGGCUCACAGCUUCAAUAGCUUUGGACAAGAGUGCAGAUUUAAAGAGUGGUGAAACAGUUCUUGUAACAGCUGCUGCCGGAGGUACAGGGCAAUAUGCGGUUCAGCUGGCAAAGCUGGCCGGAUGUCAUGUGAUUGGCACCUGUUCUAGUCAGGAUAAAGUUGAAUUUCUCCAGAGUAUUGGCUGUGAUCGAGCAGUAAAUUACAGACAGGAGAACCUGGAUGCUGUGCUCUCAAAAGAAUACCCAAAAGGUGUGGAUGUUGUGUACGAGUCUGUUGGUGCUGACAUGUUCAAGACUUCAGUGAAAAAUCUUGCCCGAUUUGGACGCCUACUUGUGAUUGGUCAAAUUGCAACAUAUGAAGGGACAGUGAAAGUAGAUGACUUGUCUGCUGCUGCCACAGCAAUGAUGCUUCUCACAAAAUCAGCUAGCAUGAAAGGCUUCCUUCUCUUCCACUAUCCUGCGGAUUUUGCAGGCCAUGUGGCUAAGCUAGCGCAACUGUACAUGGAAGGUAAAUUGAAAGUGUCAGUGGACAAAGGGGAGCGAGCAGCGACAGGUCCUUUUGUUGGGCUGGAGAAAGUUGCAGAUGCUGUGGAGUACAUGUACACUCGAGCGAAUGUCGGCAAGAUAGUGGUGGAGGUGUCACCAGAACUCAAAAGCAGCCUUUGACCUUUUGACUUCUCUCCAACAAGACAAUUUAUGAGGCUCGUUCCAGUGAUAGACGUUAUUUAAGCAGUGUUGCUGAAAAAGUGAAUGCUUUUUUGUUUUUUUUUAUUUUAGAGACCACAUUCUUUAGACUGCGGUAGUGUCCAUGUGGUGGUUUGUGAAUAUGCUCCUUCUCUGGGUUGAGGCAGCAUAUUUAGAAGACUCGGAUUGCGAAUAAGAAUUCAAUAUUCAACAGAUAGCUGCCUGAAAACCGAAAGACACUACAUUGUAGAUAUGGAAAAUAGACUGUUAAUGCCCCUGAGGUCUAGUCAAAGGAUGAGAAAGAAGAAAUCAAGUUUUCAAAACCUGCAAAACUAUUUUUUUAAAUAAAAUCUUGAAAAUUUGAUUGUUCUAUGAGAUGGCAAGUCGGGAGAAAAUUAUACUCCUCUCGAAUUUUGAGAGAGGGCUUCAGUUGCUUCCAACAUCCAUGGCAGUAGUGUUGUCAACUUGUAACUGACUUUCCUGAGUACAAAUGUUUUCAUUAUGCUAGAUUAACAAAGAAGCUAUCGUUCAUUCAUUUGAUUUCUCACUUGUUAUCAGGUUUUAUUUAGGUGAAACAUAAAAGCUUGCUUGACUUGAGAGAUUUAGACAUUUGAGAGUGUGACUCAUGUUUUUUUAGUUUGUGUAAUUUGGAAAAUGAGUUUAAUUUUGAAUCUGGUUUUUAGACUUUUGAGAUAAACUGGUCUACCUUACAAUAAUGUACCAUGUCGACAUGUGAAAGUAAGCCUUGGAAUUAUGGAUAGAGCCAAUGGGACCUUUGUUUUUUAUCUUGUUGUCAGGGACAAUCCCAUUUUUAUGGGUGAUUCUAGAUUGAAUUUACACAAUAUGAGCUGUGCCAUUGGUUAAGUCAACUGUUUGCAUCAUCAAUUUGUAAGAGUUUGGUCUGUUUGUAGAACUUUAUAUUUAAAAAAAGAUGUUUGAUUUCCAGGAAGGGGAUUUACUAAUAUAAGCAAUUAUUUAAAUUUUCAGCUUGUUGCUUUUUCAAUUUGUCUGAAUUUGGAAUAUUUGUUGAACUUUAUAAAGCAAGAAGACCUUUAAUUUUCUGGAAGGAGAUUUUCUUUCAAGCAAUUAGUAAUGUUAAUAAUUUUCUUAUAUUUCAGUCACUAUUCAUAGUCAUAGGGAAGAGUCUACUUAUUACGCUGUACUAAGAAUUCUUUAUUUUCUUAACCCAAUCCUUACUUUUGCAACCCCAAGAGCCAUGCUCUAUCCUGUACCAAUAGAACUCAGUGUUUCAUCGCUGUGUAGGUAAAGUAAGCGUAUGGGUUUAACUCCCUUUUCAAUAGCAGGUCAUUUAAGAAAUGGGACCUCUGAAGUCUGUUUCCAAUAAGACCAAACAAAAUGGGUUGAGAGCUGUAAAAACUCCUCAAAAGGACCCGAGUUCAAGAACGCCCAGUCUGGGAUUGGAACCAGGACUAUCGGCUCUGUAGUCCAACAUGAUGCUAACUGAGUUAACUGAGCGCCUCAUCAUGGCUGACUGUACUAAUACAACACAAUGCGCCUCUUACUAUCAUUCGGUAUUUACUAUCUCAAAGGGGAAAAAUUUCAACAUCCAUAGUUUUGCUUUAUUUCUAUUUAUAGGUGAUACUUAUGGCUUUCUAAAAGCCUGCAACCAGAUAUUUCUUUACGUCCUGUAAUUAGUAAGCCUAAAUUGUUAAGUUAAAUCAGUUGAUGAUUUGAUUGUCCCAGUGCUCACCUCAAGUGUUUACACUGACAAUAUUGCAUAAUUCCCCAAAACAACCUUUCAAAAACUCUGAUUUUGAGAAUGACAAGGAACGCUAUCUAGACAUGGACCCGAUAAGUCUAGAAUCUGACAACAAUGACAAUGCAGCUGAAUCAGACUCCUGUGGUUACAUGAGGACUGCGUUUGAGGUGGGGAAUGGUGACAACUGUGAUGCUGUUGACACAAAUCCAGACAUUCUGUGGUCAGAGAAUUUGUCUGAUGUCUCAAGCGAAAUACUACCAUUCAGUGAAUGUAAUAUACAGGGCAUAUUCUCGAUUUGUUUGGAAACAUUGAAUCCCUUUAACUUCUUUAUUUGUGAUGAGCAAAAAAA